AAUAAUUAAUAUUUUAGCAUUAUGGAUCAGAAGUUUCUAGUGUUUCUACAAAUAAAUCCAACAGUGAGCCACAGCUAAACACACAUUAUUCUUCUUUACCAGUUUUUAAUGGAAAUCAAUCCAAUCACGAGGCAUUAAGUACACUACACUAUACUUCUUCGCCAGUCUCUGAUGGAGUUACUAUGUCUAGUAUAAUGGAAAUGUUAAGCAAUUUGGCUAGAGAUCAAAAUAUUAUAAAAUUAACUCAAGAACGAAUUUUAUCUAAAAUUGAAAUGCUUGAAAUUAAUUCUCAAACUAGUAAACAGAAUUUGUCAGGGACAUCAAUAUAUCUGGAUUCAAGUUUCUGUGACUAUUUCCCAAUGCAAAAUGCUGAUAUGUUUUUAGAAGUUGAACAUUUAAUAACAAAUGAUAAAUCAUUUGUAGAUAAACUAGAGUAUUUUAUAAAGAACAUCGGAGGGUGUAAUUUGAAAAAUUAUAUAAAAAGAACAUUAAGAAAACUAUUCUCUGAUGAUUAUGCAACUCGAUGCACAUUACCUGGAAGAGACAAAGGUGUUAUAACUAAAAUUGGUGAUUCUGAAGUUCUUAAAACCAUUAAAAAAGUUAUCAAAGAAGUCAUCUGUGCUAUGGUGAAAAAAGAUGUAGUAUCAGAUUCAGAAAUUGAAACAAUAGUGGCUGAUUGGUUUAGAUAUUCAAACACAAGACUUUUAAGGUCAACAAAAACUUCUAAACAGGGUCAAUAACUUGUU